AUGAGAUUAAAAGUGACAACAAAUGAGAUGACUGGUAAAUACAUGACGUUUUGUAUAUUUUUAAUUAAAAUUUAAUAUUUAAUAUUAGAUCUUGCUGCUUUGGCAAAAAAAAUAGUUGAUCUUAUUGCUUUAGAAAGUAAAUUGCUUACACAGUAAAACUAAGCAGCCGGUGGGGUACGAUCAAUCAGAUUUUUUAAAAUUUUUGGUACUUUGAAGGCUUUCUCCUUUCAAAUUUUAGAAUUAAAACUGAUUAUCAUGUUGAUAGUCUAGCAGAACUUUAUAUUCUAAUCAAAGUCAGCUCACAAAAACCAAACCAUAAAGCUAAAUGGAUGCUCGUAAAAAUCCUAAAACUGACUUAUUAAGCAGCCUUGGCGGUAGUAGCGGCCGCAGCAGCACCAGUAGUCUUGGCAGCUGAAGUGGCACCAGUUCCAGAUGGAGCUUUAGUACCGGCUUCGGCUGGGGCUUUGUGGGCUGGAGCUUUGUGGGCUGAAGUGUGGUGGGCUGGAGCUUUGUGGGCUGGUGGGUGGUGGGCUGGCUUUUUGUGA